GAUGUCACCGCUCAGAUGUCAACAAACCCCUGGCUGAAGGAGUUGAUUGCCCGUCUGUCUCGUCUAUCUCUAUUUCUUCGCCUUUUGCAGAUGCGAGGAGGCGGGGAGGGAAACGAGUAUGCAUUUUUCAAUUCCGGAUACCCAAGAGUGUAGAGAAGACAAUGGGAGCACUUACAUUGCCUAUAAUAUUCACAUCAAUGGAGUUUUCCACUGCACGGUGCGCUACAGACAACUGCACAGCUUACAUGAACAGCUGAAGCGAGACUUAGGGGGUUCUACUCUGCCUCCUUUCCCUCCGAAAAAGCUUCUCCCUCUUUCUCCCUCACAGACUGAGGAACGCAGGCUCAGUUUAGAAAAAUACAUCCUUCAAUUAAGCCAAGACCAGAGAGUACUGAACAAUGAUGUGUUCAACGGGUUUCUCGUAUCUGCUCAAAAUGAGACUCAGCGUGCUGGGGGUAGCCAGGACGAGGUGCUCAUUGACAUAUACCUGAUGAAUGGCCAGAAGAUUACACUCAGCAUUCCCGCCACCUUGCAAACAGAUGACCUUUUGGAGAAAGUUUGCAGCCACAUACAUUUGCCAAAUGAAUUAGUCUACUAUUUUGCACUUUUUCUGGUCAAGAAGGAAGAAAAUGAUCUGAUUGUCGUGAAACGGUUACAAGAUUUUGAGAGCCCAUACAUCUCUCAAAGAUGUGUGAAGGGGAUGCACAGGAUAGUACUCAGAAAAAAUUACUGGGACCCAAGCAUAGACCUUGAGGUCAUGAACAACUGUGUAGGGCUCAACCUGCUGUAUGCACAGACAGUACAGGAUGUGGAGAGAGGGUGGGUCCUUACUAACCGAGAGAUCCAGCGACAGUUGGCAGCCCUACAGGCUAAGGGAGCAAAGAAAGAAUACAUGGAGUUGGCAAGAGCGCUGAAGUAUUAUGGUUAUUUGCAAUUUCAACAGUGUACAUGCAACUUUCCUAAACCCAACACCCCUGUGCUCAUCAGUGCUGGCAACCGAGAGCUGAACUUUAGGAUUGAAUGUGAAGAUGGCUCUGUAAAAGAAGGAAAUUUCAAAGUCACACGUAUGAGAUGUUGGAGAAUAACAGUACAGCAACCUAUUGAAGGAUCGACCAGCAGCAGCAGCACCAGUAGCAGUACGAGCACGAGUACAAGCACAAACACCAGUACCAGCAGUAGCAGCACUAGCAGUAGCAGUAGCAGCAGUAGAAGCAGCUGCAGCAGCUUGGAGGGUGGGCGGAAUGUCAACUUAGAGCUCUCCUUUGAGUAUCUCAUGAGUCGUGAGGACAUGCGGUGGGUGACAGUGACAAGCCCCCAGGCUGUCCUCAUGUCCAUGUGCCUCCAGGGAAUGGUGCAAGAGCUCCUAACGCGCAAACGUGGACACAAAGUCCGGACUCCAAGUAAGCGGGUUCGCAAAGGUAGUCUUUCAUACAUGCGAAGAGAUGGAAGCAGCACACAAGUGACACUUAACCAUACAGGCGAGAACCUGCCAAUGGAUGGAGCCACCCAGUCUCCCAUCGGCGAACUGUCACUCAGUCGGCUGAGCGAACGUCUGAGUGACCUCAACAUCCUCGACAACCGUCCGCACUCAGCCAUGCGCACCAACGGAGAAGCCGAGCCAAGCACAGUGGAAAAUGAUGCAUUUAACAUUUUGAGCGACAGUUCUCUGCCAUGAAAGGUUGGAGCUGCUGGGUGGAGAGGGAGACAGAGAGAGAAGGAAAUGUGUUCUAAAUUAAUGAUUUUAUUUUUUAAACACAAGCAGAGGGAAGUUGCAUAUAACAGAGAUAACUUGAUAUAUAUUUGGUGUAGAGGGAAAAUGUAAAUGAUAAUAGAGAUACUUUUGAUAAGUAGAUGAGAGUUUUUUUGUUGGUCAUUGGUUUGCUGUGGUGCAAGCAUGAUUUUAUUAUUUUUAUUCAUAAUUAUGUAAUUUAUUUGAGGCAUUCACUUUUUCAUUUUUAUUAUUACUUACAAUUGAAUCUGAUAUUUUGUUGCUUGUUUCCUCCCACUUUUUUCAGGGGAAGAACCUAAUUCAUAUAGCUUUUUCACCAUGAUUAUCAGGGCUUGUAUAUUUCCAUAUAUUUAGAGAAAUAUUCAGUAGUACAGUGUGUUAAUGGUAUAUAUAUACUUAUAUAUAUGCUAGCUAUAUAACUUGUCUAUCAGGUAUGCAUAAGUAGUGUCAGUUUUUUACAAGAAUCAUUUUACAUAAUGUUUAUACUUUUUUAUUAUUUUUAUUAUUUUUAUCAUAUAUAUAUAUAUAUAUUCUUCUUCUUCUUCUUCUUUUUCAAUUACUGAAGAUGAUUCCAUUUCUUCAAACAAAUAUUUUGUACAUUCACAGAAAGAUAUGUUUCAGGGGACCAAAGAAAUCAGAAUGCUAUAUAUACAGUAAUGUUAACAGUGAUGAUAUUUAAAGAUAGGAGAUAAGAAAUAUUAAAUCAGUGAAGAGUAAUUAUAAUGAAGACAAAAGAAUACAUAUCAUUUGUGAAUGCUGUUGAAUAUUUGUUAUGCCAGUUUUUAUCUUUUAUUUUUAUGAUUUUUAAAACUUUUUUAGGGUUUGCUUGUUUUUAUCUUUCAGUAUUGAACAAAUAUGAGAAUAUGAAUCUGUUAUUAUAGACUCAUGAAGCAUGUUAUACAGUAAAUAUUUUAGGAACUUUUAAAGUGAGAUUUGAGGUUUGCAAAGUAUGUGUUGUUAUUUUUUGUACCUUUUAAGAUUCCACAUUUCUAGAAUUAUAUAAAAAGUUCAUGAAUUUUAAAUGACAUAUUUAUGUCAGAACCAUGAUUGAUACAUGAAAGUAUUUCACUGCUUUGAUGCCUCCAUAGAAACAGAACUUGAUGUAAAUAACAUUACCACAGGUUACACCAAAAAGACUGCACAUUUACCACAUUCUUCUCACACAUCAUAAGAGCCUCAAACGCUUGUAAAAUUCCCUUGGGAGGACUGAGAUUAUGAAUCCUCGCCCAGUUCCCCACUGAAGUGUUCUGAAGGGAAUCCAAGGAAGAAGUAAGGUGGAUAAGAGUUCAGGGGGUGGUCUUGUGAUGUUGAUUUUUCUCUCCUUUUCUUUAUUCUUUUUUUUUCACUGCUUGUGUGCUAUUUUUACUAGAUUCUACUAAUGAUACAAGUGUUUAUCAUUACUGUUUUAGUUGUUAUUAUUUGUGGGUUCAUUAGUGUAUUAUUAUUGGACCACAGUUAAUUAUUAUUAUUACUAUUCAUGUGUAUUUUUCAUGUCUACCAGUUAAUUUUGUUAUCAUAAUCAUUAUUCUUGCUUUUGAUGUUGUUGUCACUAUGAUGAUUAUUAUUGAUAAUAGUAUUGCCUUUUAUAAUUACUUUUUGCACUUUCUUCUGUCAUCUAGUUCAUCUAAUUUUCUUUUUAAUUUUCUAAUUCUUUUUUAUUUGUCCUUGAAAAUGAAGACAGAUGUUGCGAGGCUGUAAACCUGAUGCAACUGUUGUGUGACAAGUGUUUAAGGCAAGUUAUUUUUCACUUUUCUUGUAAUACUUUAAUUGGUGACUUCCCUGUGUUUCUUUUAUUUAUUCUCUCACUUCUUCCUGCAGUGUUCUUGGCUUGCCUCUUAUUCUUUCAUCUUAUACCCCCAUUAAAGUCUUUUCUCCUGUCAACUUUCACUUCCUUGGACCUAGGGAUCCUGUAUGAAUGGUCAUCUGACAUUCAUUUAUAUAGCCUCUCUUUUGUCUUUCAUUUUUUAGUAGUUAU